CUGCCUUAUAUGUAACAUAUAUCGUCCUACAUUGCCUCGCCCAAUCUGAACUCUGUAUCUUCAUCUUGAACGAAACCUAGCAGCUUCUCCAUUUCGGCUUUGAAACCCUAGGAAAAUCGUAUUCUAAAAUUCCCAAUGGCACCGAAGAAGGAUAAGGCUCCCCCGCCGUCGUCGAAGCCGGCCAAGUCUGGCGGAGGAAAGCAGAAGAAGAAGAAAUGGAGCAAAGGCAAGCAAAAGGAGAAGGUCAACAAUAUGGUGCUCUUUGACAAGGCAACAUAUGAUAAACUUCUUUCUGAAUCUUCAAAGUACAAGCUUGUCACUCCGUCCAUCUUGUCUGACAGAUUGAGGAUCAAUGGAUCACUAGCCCGCAAGGCAAUCAAGGAUCUGAUGGCAAGAGGUUCGAUCAGAAUGGUGUCUGCACAUUCUAGCCAACAGAUCUACACUAGGGCCACCAAUACUCAGUGAGAUCAGAGACAGGUUGAAGAAAGAAAGAAAAAGAAAAAUGAGAGAUUUUGUGUUCCUUUUUAAGCAAGUGGUCAACAACUCUAGGCUUAGGGUGGUAGGGUAGGCUUGGCUAGGCUGUGCCUCCAGUUUUAUAUCAAGAGUACUGAACAAUGUUCUUUGUUUAAUGAAAUCUUCGGCUAUUUGCUUUCCUUC